CUCUGAGCCAGUUGCCUCUCUAAGCUACUUUGCUUUGAGAGUGCCGUCUGGCUAGACUAACAAAGGUCUGUUUUACUUUGCAACUUGUCCGGUGUGUUCCUUCCUGGGUGUUCUUCGCUGCAGUCAGCUCCUCAGAGCAUUUGGUAAGGCCCUCGGUCUUACAGUCUGGAGGCUCCAGCGAGAUCCCUGGGUAGGAACCCCUGGUUCAGCCGACACUCCGUGGUGGGAUCCAGCAGGAGACUCUCAGGCACAGACCUCAGAAAACCUCCGGAGGUAAGCUUUUGGCUGGUUGCAACCGUCAGGAGUGAGGUGGCUGACGAGCCGGGAAGCCUCCCCUGACCCCGAGGUUCCUGACGAGGAGCAAGGGAAGAUUUAGUUUCAGUUUGUCAUGGCGCCCGUUGGUCUUGUCUUUUGUAUGUUAAUGUUGUGUCUGUCGUAUGUUUGAUUUUACAUUUUUUUCUUUCCAAUCUUCAUCAGGAGCAGAGUAAUGGGAGGAACCUGUUCUACCGGGUCCACUCCGCUUGACUGCUUUCUCACUAAUUUUAAAUUGGCUUUUUCUCCAAAACAAAAAGAUGAAUACAGGGUGAAAUUUUCUCGCGGAAAACUCUGCUCCCUGUGCCAACUGGAAUAGCCAGCUUUCAGGGUGGGAUGGCCAGCCGAAGGGACUUUUGACCCCAGUGUUUGCCAGGCAGUUUGGGGCAAAGUCACUGGUUGCCGUGGCCACCCAGACCAAUUUCCCUACAUAGACAUCUGGGUUCAGGCUUGUGAGAAACCUCCAGCUUGGCUGCAGCGCUGUUCCCUCUGAACAGACACUCGCAUUUUAGUCACUGCCCCAAAAGGGCCCCGGGAACUUAAGCCCCGGGCUCCUAAGCUGGUUCUCUCGAAGGAACCUGACUCCCUGGAUCCCUUAGGAGGGCCUCCGCCCUAUAUGGAAUCCUCCACCCCCUCAGAUGGCUCCCACUCUAGACUCUGCAAUCCUUCCCUCCCUCUGUCUGUUCAACCUUCGGCUCCUACUCCUCUUUAUCCUCCUCUCCCUGAGGGGCCUCAGUCCCCAGACUCUGUGACUUCUCCCCUCCACACACGAGCUGGGGGUGUGUAUGGGCCUUGCGAGGUCCUCACUGGGGAAAUUAGUUUGGCCCCCUCUUGCCCCUUCGGGAGACAGAACAAGGUCACUAUGUUUAUAUCCCUUUCACUACCAGUGACUUAUAUAAUUGAAAACAUCAAAAUUCUCCCUUCUCAGAGAAGCCCCAAGCCCUAAUAUCUUUCCUAGAGUCUAUCUUCCAUACCCAUGAUCCUACUUGGGAUGAUUGCCAACAACUCCAGGCCCUUUUUACCUCAGAGGAGAGGGAAAGGAUCCAGGGACAAGCUGUGAGGUUGGUAAUAGGUGGACCAGAAGGCCCCCUAGAUGACCAACAGUGAGCCCAUCUGGAAGCACAGCUCCCAUCCACCUGACCCCGCUGGCAAACUAAUACCUCAGGCAGGAGAGAAGCUCUCCAGAACUAUCGUCAGCAUCUCCUGGCCGGCCUGAGGGGAGCCGCUCGGAAGCCUACCAAUUUGAGCAAGUGAGCCAACCCCUCUCUGCCUUCGAGUGGACUGACCCAGACACUGGGACUACCAGACAGCUGACAUGGACCCGGCUGCCACAGGGAUUCAGAGAACUCUCCCACUCUGGGGAAGCCCUCAACAAAGAUUUAAGAGAGGCUUCUCAGCAGUUCGGAUAAGUAGAAGUUCCCUGCAUGUCCAGGAAAAUUAACUCCCCACUACACAAUCUUCAAUUGAAGUAUACAGUUCUAAGACUGCAGCUGAAUAUGUAAAAUCUCGACUCCCAGAGGCCCUUAAACAGCAUCUUCAGGACUAUGAAAAAGACAAAGAAAAUAGUGUAUUGUCUUACCAGACCAUCCUUGAACAGCAGAUUCUGUCAAUUGACCGAGAAAUGUUAGAGAAAUUGACUGUAUCCUAUGAUGAAGCAGGUACAACGUGUUUGAUUGCUCUACUGUCAGAUAAAGACCUCACUGUGGCCAAUGUAGGUGACUCACGAGGGGUCCUGUGUGACAAAGACGGAAAUGCCAUUCCCUUAUCUCAUGAUCACAAGCCUUACCAACUGAAGGAAAGAAAGAGGAUAAAGAGAGCUGGUGGUUUCAUCAGUUUCAAUGGCUCAUGGAGGGUCCAGGGAAUCCUGGCCAUGUCUCGAUCCCUGGGGGAUUAUCCACUGAAAAAUCUCAACGUGGUCAUCCCAGACCCAGAUAUCCUGACCUUUGACCUGGACAAGCUCCAACCUGAGUUCAUGAUUUUGGCAUCAGAUGGCCUGUGGGAUGCUUUCAGCAAUGAAGAAGCAGUUCGAUUUAUCAAGGAGCGGUUGGAUGAACCUCACUUUGGGGCCAAGAGCAUAGUUUUGCAGUCAUUUUACAGAGGCUGCCCUGAUAACAUUACAGUCAUGGUGGUGAAGUUCAGGAAUAGCAGCAAAACAGAAGAGCAGUGAACCCUUCAGGGGUCUCAGCUGCCUUAGACUAAAAGACUUUUGACACACUUGUCUCUUUUCAAUGUAGUAAAAGGUGUGGGAAUUGUAAUUAGGAUCAUCCAUCCCAGACACAGAAUCUCCCUCCCUGGUGGUUUUAGGUCUAUAUUCAGUGAUGAACAGAGGAUAACCCCUGGCCAAUGUAGUUGAGAGUCUGGAAAAUGGUUUCUUUGUGUUUUCCCAGAUCUUUCAUCCAUGUCCAAAAUAUAUGAAUAGGUAGUUAUAGAUCCAUAUAUGAGGAGAACGGCAGAUGUGCUAUAGAUUCUCCUUUUUAAGAUUCUUAAGGUUCAUUACAGGUUCUCCAGGCAUCAGCCCCCAUGUCCUCUCUGCAGUGAUGGACAGGGCAGACCUCUUUUGCAGGAGACCAGGUACUGUGUCACUUGUGAGUCAGGAGCUGAUGUAGCAACACCCUCUACUGAGGGGCAGAGACGUGCUAGAAUGCUUUAUCCUCCUGAUCCCAUGUUCUGCUCAGCAGCCACCAGAAGCAGAUGUGGAAUACUUUAUUACUGUGGGCUAUUCCAGGAGACUGAGGGAAGCAGGAAAGAUGAGAGUUCAGUGGCAGUUGCCUGCACAGCAGAAAUAAUCCUUCCCCCUCACUACCUUUCUAGUUAAAUAGACUCUGUACCACCUUUGUGUGUUUCUGCAUGACUUCACCUUGUGCUUACACUUUACUGUAUGUAAUAGGCAGCUAUUAACUUCACUACCAGAAACCACGUUUUUCCAUCUUGUCUUACCAAGAAACCAUAUUAAGGGAAAUGAAAACAGCAGAUCACAGUGUCAUAAUGCCUUCCAUCUUUAAGGGCAGAUGAAAACAGGAGUGAAUGUUUCACAGUGCCCCUUGGAAAGUGGAGUUUCCCCUGGGAGAGAAAGGAAUGAGCUGGUGAGACUACUACCCUGAAGUGAGCACCAGUUGCCAGUUUUUGUGCAGCUUCCCCUUCCCUAGCUUAGUAGCUUUCAAAUGUCUUUCAAGCAGUUUGAAAGAAGCAGCCCCAUACAACUGCACGUGUGUUUCUUGAAACCAAUAUUGUUCCCAUCCACUACAGUUUGGAAUUUGGUGGUGAACUACUGGGACAUGAUUCUCACCAGUAGAGAGGCAGUGGCCUUUCAUAUUUGGUAUGGAAUCUCUGCCCACACAGAGUAGCCUUCUCCAGGCAAAUGCAAACUACCCUACAUAGUCUGAAGGGGGGCCAGUAGGGAGGAACCUAAGUAUAGUGGCAGCAAAGCUAGCUGGGAAUUCAAGCAAGAUCCCAUAUUGCUAAGUGGGCUAUUCUAGAGCCUGGCUUGCUUGCUGCCCUUCCUUACCUGCCACCAAAAUUAUAUUUUUUCCAGCCUCAGUAUUUUAUACAUUAAUUUAUAGAAAAUUCUGGGUUAUCUUUUUGCCUGAGGCAGCUCAAACGGCCAAACAAGAUUUUUGUUGUAUCCCUACUCAUGGUAUGGUUUUGUUCUUACUGAGUGGACAUUUGUCCUUAUACCCUCUGGAAAGCCUAUACACUGGCCACCUUCUCCCACAAUCCCAUACCCUCUGUCUUUUUCAGCUGUAGAGCCUUCCUGAAGCAGUUUCCAGGAGAGGACUCAGGAGCAGGUUUAAGUUGUGCUGCUGAGGACUGCAAUCUGUCUUGAUUCUUUCAAGAACUUAGCUCUCUUUGAUGGCAAUGAGAAUUAAUAAUGGUUUCCUAAGAGAUUUGCUUACUUUUGUAUACUGUAUUUUCCAAUGUUAGAGUUAGAAUCUUGGUUAUUGAUUUUUUAGCCAUGGAAUGUUUUAGAUUUAAGGAUUUGCCUCGAGAGACACUGAACAUUUGGAUGUAUAUAUUCCACGUGAGGAUGGGAAGGGAACUGUGGGACACAAAUGCCAGUUGUGAUUAAUAAUGGUGGCUGCAGUCAGGCCAGGUGGCUGUGUUUGUUGGAGAUUUAGGACAUUCUGCACCACUGCCCACCUUCUAACUGAAUGUCCAGUAUUUUACUGUCCACAGUCAACUUUCCUUUUUUAUUUCUGCUUACACAAAAAAGCAUAAUAAUAAAAGAAAAAUGUGUUUUAAUUUCAUAAUCACUUUUAUUGUCUAAAAUAAAAAUAGCUAUGUUUUGGUGAGGUUGACCAAAAAAAAAAGCUACCAAAUUAGGAAAUCAUUGUUUAUUUGCCAAGCAAAAUUUCUAAACAUAGUGCUGAGUACACGUUACAUAAUUUUCUAAUUAAGGUCCAUAAGGCAUCCUCUAAGUUUUACUUUGUAAAAUUAAUUUAUUUGUGAUUUUAACCAAAUAGAGUGUAUAUCUUACACUUUUGUCUCUAAUAUGGCUUGUACACUUUUUAAUGAUAGAGGUUCUAGGCCAAAUAUUAGCAGUUUGAUGAACAGUCACAUGACAAAUCAGAGUACUUUGUUCCCUUCCCAGUAUUCUGGAGCAAUCUCUCCCUAGCCCUUUUCCAGCUGUUGGAGUCUUCAUACACACUCCUGGGCUCUCCUAUGGGACACUGGCUGCUCCCCUUCUCUAGAGGCUCAUGAAGGUUGAAUCUAGGAGAUAGAGAAGUUGAUUUCAGACAUUUGCAUGUGAAGCUUUCCUAAACAGCACUGCCAAAGCUUUGGAAUUGUCACUUGAGGCUGCCCGGACUCACUAGCUAGUCUGAGUUCAAAUUGCCAAUAGUCUCCAUGGUGCCAAAUUUUGGGAUGGUUUUAGUCUUUUAGAAAGGAAGCUGGGACUAUAUGCUUACAAGUCCAGCAAGAUACCAUGCCCAGAUCCCUGUAAUGCACUGGUCUGCUGCUGCUCCACUGGCAAUAUGUACUCUUGAAAUAGGAUAGGGAUGGGGUAGGGAGGGGGUCCAAGGGGAAUUUUUUUUAAUUCACUGUAGUUGCAGUUCUUUAAUAAUAGGAAUAAACUGUACUUAUAUAGAAAGUUCCAAAGCUAGAUCUGAAGACCUGCAUUUUUUUAAUGUGACCAACUUAAGAGACAAUUAACGUAUGAGACAAUUAACUGAGUCUUUGUUCUAAUACAUGUCUGUAUGCGUAGGUAUUCAUUAUUAGAAACCAGUGGCUACAUUUGGUCCUUUGCUGUGGAUUGAAGGUGUUGGCCUCUUGAAUCUUGUAUAUGUCAAGAGUAUUACACAGAGAUUGUUAUAGUAGAGGAGCAUGUACAAGCACUAUGAUUUAAAACACACCUUAUUUCAUGCAAGUGUAAUGAUUUUGACAUUUUGCACAGUUGACAAGAUUGCAUGGCAGUGAUGGCCUCAUCAUUUCAGUCCUCUCUGAAGUGAUUCUGGGAAACAGAUUACACUAUUGGUUUGGAUCACUAGGAUAUCUGGAAAUGCAUGAAGAAUUUACUAAGGGAGUGACCAUUUUUUCCUUUGCUAGGCAUACCUCUGUUUUCCUGAUUUUUUUUUUCUCCCCAAAUUGUUGGCAGCUGUGUCAAUAGGAAAUUUACAAUCAAAAAGGGCAACAUUUCAUUGUAUAUGUGAAUGUGUAGGAAUGCAUCAUUUAUAUAAAAUUCAAUUUUUCAAUAAUUUCAGAAAAUUUUUCCUACUUUUGAUUAUCAUUAGACUGAUCUUCCCUUACUAGUCUACCCCAAAUUGCCUUAGCAUGUCACGCCAGCAUUCCUGACCCAGCCCUGGAAAAAUGACAGGAUAUAUACUUUGCUGGGGCCUGUUUAAUUGCAUCUGAAUGAAUCAUUAUCUAGACUUUUGAACUAGUCACCUAUAUACUGCAGAAGCAAUAGAAUCCUUGUUCCCCAAAGUGUAUUCCAAACAUGCUCUUCCACAAAAGGGUUUCAGGGUCAGAGAUUUUUGGAAACAUACUCUCUUAUAAAGUGUAUAGAAUCUCACUGAAAUCUCUAUUCAAAUGUCCUUCAGAGGAGGGGAAACACAACACAUAAUUUGUUACCUCAGUGUUUUCCAAAUUAAUUUGACCAUAGAAAUUUUUUUUUUUUUUGAUACUGGGGAUCGAACACUGGACCUUGCGCUUGCGAGGCAAGUGUGACACCACUGAGCUAAAUCCCCGGCCCGACCAUAGAAAUUUUUGAGUAACACCUAGUAACAUUCCAAGGAAUUCCUGUUUCCUCAGAACUCACUUUGGGAACUUCUGGUACACUGAGAUAUUUCUGUUUUCUCAUCCACCAUGACUCUUAGUAGUAGCAGUACAGUUUGCAACUUAAGCACUAGUCUUUUCACUUAAGCAGUUGACUUGUAAUAGAAGCAGUGUUAAAAACUAAUAGAAUUUAAUAUGACCACCAGUGCCUCACAAUGACAGCAAAAGUCUAAAGUACAGUGGACCCUUGACUUGCAAACUCAGUUCUCUCGAGGGCUGGUUGUAACACAGGUUGGUCAAUUGAGGGCUCAGGCUCCUUCAUACAGCCUUCAAAGUCUCUCUCCCAUAUACAAGCAGAUCUCAGUGUCAUUAGAGAGACACUGGCCCAGGAUUUCUCAAUUAGCCCCACACAGGAAAGGACGUUGUGAUGUUCCUUCCAGAACUCUUUAAGGGUUAAAUCUGUAUCUGAGACCAUCUGGAAGCAAAAGCAGCCAGUAUUUGGAUCAUAAUUCAAGACUUUUGUCAUAAGUUAAAACUAAAAUUCUGGUUGUAACCCAAGUUGUUCAUAUGUCAGGCCAGUCGUAACCUGAGGGUCCACUGUACUUGAAACUGUAUAUAAAUAUCACCUCCCUCCUUUUAUGUGAAUAAGAAGUACUUCGCCAUAGCCAGGCAGUUCUCACAUUCAUUGCAAAAGCUUUCAGUUUCUUUUUAAAUUCUAUCUUUGCUUUCUAGAUUCUAUCAAAAUAUUUUGUUUCAUCACUAUGUGGUAAUAAAAAAUAGAGAGAAAAUAAAAUAGGAAUGCAUAUUUAGUUUUCAUUCACUUUUGAAAUCUUAACUAGAUUCUUUUAAGUUAUCUGUUGUAUAAUAAUGGAAAUGUAAACUAUUAACUCCUAUUUAGUCUUUCCUCUGUUCUCUGCAUAUUCAGUGAAAUAAUCUGAAAUCAAUUACACUUUAUAUGUCCUAAAAUUCCAGUCCAAAGUCAUCCUACUUUUCUCAUUUUGUUGAUACAGUUAAUUUUGGCAAGUUAUCUUGCCUAAAAUGUAAGGCUUGACUGUAAUAGUUUCCUAACUAUUCCCUAAAUAAUCCCUAUCAUCCUGAGCAAUUUGUUUGGAAAGUUAUGACAGAUAACCCCCAAAUAACAGAUGAACAGUUAAAAUAGAAAGUGAAUUUAAGAUAAAGACAUUAAUUUAAAGUUACAUUCAUAUAUUUCAAAAUAUGGCCACUUUCUGGACAUUAUCUAAAAUACUAAAAACAAAGAUCUGUUAGGCUAGGAGGCAGAGCAAAGGACACUUGGUACUAUGAGGCUUUCAUUAGGUAUACGUUUCUAAGUAUGUUCUUAAUAUGUAAAUUUUUGCUGAUUCUUAGUAAUACUGCUUUGUCUAGUGUUUGUUUUUCCCACUGUUAAGCUGCAAACUGUUAAACUAGGGGUUGAUUACGAACACUUUUAUGUGUUUAAUAAUGACUACAUCAUCAUGUAUACAAUCAUUUUAAUAAAUUUAAGUUAAGGACUUUAAGGAUAACAUGUAGUAACUUCAUUUGGACAAAUCAUCAUAGUAUUUUCACUGUUCAAAACUGCACUAAAAUGCUGGCAUAAAGCAAAGAAAUAGAUGAUACUUAGAGAUAGAGUUCCAUUUAUUCUAGAAGAUCUAUAAUCUGAAUUAACCACAAAAUAAAUCCCACCUGACAUCAAUUUCAAAAUUAAUUUUGAAAACUUCCAAGGACCAACAUUUUCUAGCUUUGAGGACAAGCAGAUUACUCUAAAGGCUCUGGUGGCAGGUUGUGGUGGUGGAAAGGGAAGUUGAGGGAAAAGAAAAUCUGUCUGGGUUACUCACUGACUGUGCUAAAGAAGGACUGCAUCAGCCACACACAUUCUCUCAUCAUCUUCUAUCAUAAGGUAGUUCACAAGUUAAAUGAGUAAUCAUGCAUCAUUUCAAAAUAUUUCUAUUUUAAUUAGUUAUAGUUCAAAAGGCGAUUAUGCUGAAGCAAAGACAGAAGUCAAGAAAUUGGGGGUACAGGUAGAUAUAGGAUUAACAAACACAAAAAUGUAAACAUGCAUCAGAAAUAUGGAUUACUAGACUUUUACCAUAUGUAGACUGUAUUUAAUAGUGAAUUUUAACACCUGCACAUGGAUCAAUAACGGCAAGUGUUACCAUUCAGAAAACUAGCCUGUACUCUAAAAAGGAACUUUGUUUUUCUAAUAGUGAAAGGUGGUAAAUUUACAGUCCUACUCCACUUUUUCCCUAUAGAGAAAAGAUAAAUGAUCUCAUUUAUUGCUAUCCUAAACACCUUUUCUGUUCUGUGCCCUACUCACUUUCCAAAUGUGGUUUUAUCCUGUAUCUUUAGAAUUUUUAAAUAUACUGAAAUAAACCAAGUGGUUAUUACUUCAUUUUAGAGUGCCCAAAUAAAACUGAAAUCUUAUCACCUUAGUCACAGGUAUAACUAAGUGUUUUAACAUACUGUUAAUUUUUCACAUGCCAAUGUAAAUAACAGUGAGUACCCAAUUUAGACUAUGAAAAUGAACUACAGGGUAACUUAAUAUUCUUGUUUCAUAUAAUGCAAAGAGACAUGAUGUUCAUAUAAAUUCUUUUAAAUGAAUCCUGUAGAAAUGAUGUAUUAAACAUCUCCAACCCAACAGAA